AAAGCUCAGAGAAAGAUCAAAUCAAAGGCCAUUGCUGAUGCCAAUAAGCUAAAUCGAUUUAAAGCAGAGUCGAUACAGUAUGACAUCGAUCCCAUUUUGGGCAAGCCUGGGAAUAAGUUUAUUGCGAGAAUAAUGGCUGCCAUCAACGAGCCGUAUGCUUUGUCCAUGGGCUACGAGAGAAAAGAAGUUGAAAAGCUAUUGUAUGGGGCUCAAGAAAGCAUUUUGAGUAGGAUUUCCGACAGUCUUAUAACAAAAGAAGAUAUCCUCGCAGAAGAGGAAAACAAAAGACAGGCUAUAUCGAGAAUCUUGAACAUCAAAAACACAUCUACUCCUGAUUUGAAAAAACUAGCCAUAAAUUUGGCUGUCGACGAAUUCAAGAGAGCAGAUGGCGAUACUGGCUCAAGUGAAGUCCAGGCUGCUGUUCUAACUAUAAAAAUUAUAUUCAAAUACAACCAUAUGAAAAAAUUCAAAAACGAUUUUGCAAACAUAAGAGGUCUAGGCCAAUUGGUCCAGGAAAGACAGAAAACCUUGAAAUACUUGAAGAAAAACAACCCUGAGCAAUACUUUUAUGUGAUUGAAAAACUAGGCUUGACUGACAGGGCUGUCACCACCGAAUUCAAUCUAAGCAAGGAGUACAUGCAAAACUUCAAGAUCUAUGGCGACAGGGUCUUGGUCAAGAGAAGUAACAAGGAAAUCCAAAGACAACGUAAGAUUGAUAAGAAGUUGAAGAAG